AUGAAGCUUACCACGAGACUUCACCAACAUUGCUUGGUAAGAAUUAAUGGGGCUACUUUCAGCAAACAUACUGGGCCCAAUGCAGCAGCUUUGUUCAAAAACAAGAUUGAAAAAUUCGAGGUCUGGAAACCCCAAAAUUCAACCCUGGAGGGCAAACAGUACACGAGUGACUCAGGUGCAUUCUGGGCCAUUACUGGUCCUUUGAAGUCUACCUUUCUCUCAGUUUUAGCGGGCAGACUGUUUGCAUCCCCUAAGCUUGCAAGAACAUAUCCCUUCAUUUCCAAAACCUUUCAAUAUGACCGUGUGACCUUCCUCGACUUCAAGGAAAGCUCUGGCCUUGACAAAGUUCACUUAUCAGCCAGAUACGAAUCAUACUCCUACAAGGGAGAACUUGAAAUGUCCGACGAUGUGAACUCAGUGCUGAACUACAUUAUUGGAUCCAAUAAUUACAAUAGUAAUACAGCAAAGGGAGUUGAAGCAGCUUACGUUGAUCGCUUAAUGGAACUCUUUAACUUGAAGCACCUUUCCAAGAAAUGGAUCAACUCCCUAAGCAAUGGUCAAUUGAGAAGGGCUAGAAUUGCAAAAUCACUCAUAUUGAAACCAAAUUUGUUGAUUAUUGACGAUCCAUUUUUGGGGUUGGAUCCUAAAGCAACUAUUCUUGUACUGGAGUCGUUAAGAAGAGUCAGUCAAGAUUUGGGAAUCGCCAUGGUUUUGGGGUUGAGAGUACAAGAUCCUACCCCGGCAUGGGUAACUCACGCUGGGCACGUCACAGAAGAUGGAUUAGUGAUGAAUGGCUUCAAGGAAGACGUGUAUAUUCCUCAAGAAGCGGCCACAGUAACGGAACCUGUUCCAGCAAAACUUGAAGAAAUUUCGAAUUCUUCCCUUUCCCCAUCCCACAUUCAAUUUACAAACGCAUCCGUGGCAUACAGAGGACUUAAGGUGUUGGAUAAAUUCAACUGGAAUAUCCCUCAUGGUUCUAAGUGGAGGAUUUUGGGCGACAAUGGUACGGGAAAAACUACUAUCUUAUCGUUAAUUACAGCAGACCAUCCACAAUCAUGGAGAUCGGUGAUAUCCAUUGAAGGAAAGCCCCGUAAAACCGGAUCUGGAGCCAAUUUCUUCGAUGUGAACAACGUAAUCGGUAUCUCCUCACCAGAAAUGCACGCAUUGGUACCUGACAAUAACACCGCCAAAGAGAUCAUUGUGAAUGCAUUGGUGAGGGGUGUUGGAAACACUAAUUUCUUCUACAAAGGAGAGCCCAAUGAGACCUACCACGAACUCGUCAACAAGUUCCCUAUCAUGAAUACACUCGAAAACACUAAAUUCAAGGAUUUGUCUAUUACUCACCAAAAAUUGGUACUUUUCUUGCGAGCAGUGGUAAAGGAACCACAAUUGCUUAUUCUUGACGAAGCCUUCUCUUGCAUGGAUGACCCCGUGUUAAUGAGGCAGUGUCAAGAGUUGGUGGGUUCAUUGCCGUGCACCGUGUUGGCAAUUGGACAUAUCGAGUGGGAACUUCCCAAUUUCGAGUACGUAUUGAAGUUGUUUGGAGACGAGGAAAGAAAUUACAAGAUCUACAAGGUGGUCCUGGACGGAAGGUAG